GGCGGUGGGUGUUGAAGCUAAUGCUAGUUUAGCUCAUAUUUCUGUGGAGCUCCUGGUUUAUAUAUCUGUGUGUUUUUAGCGCUUUAAACCGGGUUAAAUACUGACGGUAAAUUAAGAAGGAUACCUUAUUAAUAGUAGAAGCGACUGGGAUUUAUCUGGGAGCUGUAGGAGAGCGCUAUGCCCCGCAGGAAGAGAACCGCUGGAAGCAGCUCGGACGGCACAGCAGACUCUGACGACUCGGCAGAGCCGGAGAAAACCGACAGCGGCUCCCACAGUGACCCCACAGUCCGCAGCAGCGCCAGACUGACCCGAGCAUCACUCCGCCUCAGCCAAAGCUCUCAAGAUGCCCCACCAGAUGUAAAGCAAAUAGAAAGGGAUGAGUCUCCACCCAGAACACCCACAGGAAACGCCCCCUCAUCUGAAUCAGACAUAGACAUCUCCAGCCCCAACGCGUCACAUGAUGAAGGUGCUGCCAAGGACCAUAAAGACUCAGGCAGCGACCCCUCCCACCGGCCAAAGCGCCGCCGCUUCCACGAGAGCUACAACUUUAACAUGAAAUGCCCCACUCCUGGCUGCAAUUCUCUGGGUCAUCUAACUGGGAAACAUGAGAGACAUUUCUCCAUAUCUGGCUGUCCCCUUUACCAUAAUCUGUCAGCAGAUGAGUGCAAGGUGAAAGCCACCGAACGUGACAAGCAAGAAGAUGAACGAAGUCAGACUCAUAAUGAGGAUAAUAGGCAUGCUACACGACAUCAGGCUCCUACUCCAAGACAGGUGAAGUAUAAGGAGAAAGUUCAGGAGAUAAGGAAGAGACGGGAUACUGGACUAACAAAGGAGCAGAAAGAAAAAUACAUGGAGCAUAGACAAACACAUGGAACGACUAGAGAGCCACUCCUGGAAAACAUCACAAGUGAAUAUGAUCUGGAGCUGUUCAGAAAAGCCCAGGCGAGGGCGUCGGAUGAUCUGGAGAAGUUACGCAUGCAGGGUCAGAUCACUGAGGGCAGCAACAUGAUAAAGACUAUUCUGUUUGGUCGCUACGAGUUAGACACCUGGUACCACUCUCCAUACCCUGAAGAAUAUGCUCGGCUCGGCCGCCUGUACGUCUGCGAGUUCUGCCUCAAAUACAUGAAAAGCCAGACUAUCCUGCGAAGGCACAUGGCCAAAUGUGUGUGGAAACAUCCCCCUGGAGAUGAGGUGUAUCGGCAAGGAGCGAUCUCGGUGUUUGAGGUGGAUGGAAAAAAGAACAAGAUCUACUGCCAGAAUUUAUGUUUAUUGGCCAAGCUGUUUCUGGACCACAAGACACUCUACUAUGAUGUUGAGCCCUUCCUAUUUUACGUGAUGACUGAGGCAGACAACACUGGCUGUCACCUAGUGGGUUACUUCUCAAAGGAAAAGAACUCCUUCCUCAACUACAAUGUCUCCUGCAUUCUGACCAUGCCACAAUACAUGAGACAGGGCUACGGCAAGAUGCUGAUUGACUUCAGUUAUCUGCUGUCCAAAGUGGAGGAGAAGGUGGGAUCUCCUGAAAGGCCUCUCUCUGACCUGGGACUCAUCAGCUAUCGUAGCUAUUGGAAGGAAGUGCUCCUGCGCUAUAUGUACAACUUUCAGGGCAAAGAUAUCUCUAUCAAAGAAAUCAGUCAGGAGACUGCUGUGAACCCUGUGGAUAUAGUCAGCACUCUGCAGUCGCUGCAGAUGCUCAAGUACUGGAAGGGGAAGCACCUUGUCUUAAAGAGACAGGACCUCAUUGACGAGUGGAAAGCUAAAGAGACCAAAAGAGGCACCAACAACAAGACCAUAGACCCUGGUUCACUGAAAUGGACUCCCCCUAAAGGAACAUGAACCAGAGCCUUGUCUCUUGUCUCUUACUCCCAUUUCAGUCUUUUACACCCUUUUUUAUUUUAUUUUCCUGAUUAAUUCUCAGCCUUCAGUGUUAUUUUGGUCUCUGUGUGGCCUUUAUGCUUCAGUCUCUUUUAGUGUUCUUUUAUAUAGUUGAAUUUGUACCUUCUCUUUUUGAGAAUCUGUUUCUCAGUUGAGCACACAUUUCAGUAGUCAGUGCUUCACUCCUACGUUCAUUAUCUAUUGAGGUUCUUUUCAAGCACAGGUAGGUAGGUGUCCUGGAGGAUGGCAGCACUGCAUAUAUACAGUAUAUUUGCUUUCACACCCAAGUGAAGUGAUAAAGGGCUUACUAAUCGCUGGUUUGUUGAAUCAGCUCCUCUUAAAUACGUGAUUAUUCAACAUUACAUACACAAAACAUUACAGAGCUGUGGACGUUUAGUAUUGGAAUUGGAUACCUUAGAAGAUUUUGGACUGAUGUUACCAAUUUUACAGAUUGAUGGCAUUUUUGUGAAUGUGAAUUGUGAGUUUACUGCAAUUAGAAUGGCAUUUGGAAUUUGGAAAUGGGCCCAUGAUUUUCUUUUCACUCAUCUAAAAGUUCAGGAUUUGUUUCUAGAUCAUUUUGAAAGUGAUCACAAUAAAAAAACAGUGCUCAUUUUGAUACUCA